AUGGACGCCGGUUCGGGACCUCAACAGCGCGAUGCCCUCGCCGAAGGGCGCCGCAUUUACAUGGGUAACCUGCUCUAUUCGGUGCAACCCGGCGACGUCGAGGACCUGCUUCGCCAGGCUGGGUUUGCCGAAUCAUUUGAGAAGUUGCACAUCUCCAUCGACCCCGUCAGCGGCAGGAACCCGGGUUAUUGCUUCGCCGAGUUCACCACCCGUGAAGAGGCAGACCGGGCCCUGGAGGCCCUCCCCGGCAGUGCGCUUUUCAACCGCCAAAUCAAGGUCGGACCGUGCAAUCCCAAGACGCCUUCUCAGUCUCGGGGCUGGGGUAAUAGCAACCGGAGUGGUGACCGAAGCGAAGGCGGCCAUAACCCUACUUUCCAACGGUGGGGUGACUGGAAGGGCAACGACUCUAAGCCCGCCCGGCGCGAGGGGGAGCAGGGCCCGUACGGCGCCAUUCGCCACCUGGACAACAGGAGUCAGCGCGCGACAGACAAGGCUCAGCUCUACAUCGGCGGCCUUGGCAUGAUGACCAGCCAGGAACAGCACGAUGCCGAAAUGCAGGAUAUUCUCGCAGGCUUCGAGUUCGUUGCCAUCGGCAAGCGGAUCACUCCGCGCGCCGAGACCCGGGCGACGCCGGGGAACCACCACUACUGUUUCGUCGACUUCAGCUCUGCUGAGGAGGCCGAUCGGGCACUGCAGGAGCUGAACGGGAAGGCGGUGGAGGGCGGGAACCUGCGCGUCUCGGUGCCGAGGAGCAAGGGCCCUGCGUUUGAGCCCAACGGGACCAACUACGGCUGGUCGCGGCAGUCUGGCUCGUCCGCGUCGGGGAGGCGGCCGGAGAAUGGCCGACAGGAGGGCCAGGAGGGGCAAGAAAGGCCGGAACGGAGGGAACCGACCGAGAAGCAGCGGACCAUCAUGACCUCUAAUAACUGGAGGUCGGCGGCCGGCUCAAAGUAG